UGAGCGCCGCUGGCAGCCGCCGAGGCCGUUUGCGGAAGUGUGGUGGCGAGGCGCUCCCGGGGCCUGGGGAAAGCAGGACAUCGCGCCAUCGCACAGCAUGGAGUUGUCACAGGGAUCCCUGACAUUUCUCGAUGUGGCCGUGGACUUCGCCCGGGAGGAGUGGCGGCUCCUGGGCCCCGAGCAGAAGGACCUGUACAGGGACGUGAUGCUGGAGACCUACCGCCACCUGGUGUCCGUGGGGUAUCAAGCCAGCAAACCCCACGCGCUCUCUAAGCUGGAACGAGGGGAAGAACCGUGGACAGUACAGUGUGGACACUGCUGUCUAGUCUCGCCAGAAUUCAGGAAGGUCCAUGAUCCUCUGCCACAUCACUUGUGGUGUCAAAGCAUUCAGAAGAAUGUGGAACAAUGCUGUGAAUGUAAUAUGUUUGCAGAUAUUGUUAAUCAGAGCGGAGGUCAUUACUUAUUAAAGCAAAAUCAUGGAAUGCCUGAAAUAAGUGAAAAACUUAUAGGAUCAGAUUUAAGUUUUGAAAACCAGAAUAAAAGCUGUAACUUAAAGAAUUCUGUUGAGUUGAAUGGAGAGAAGGCAUCCAUUGUGCAUGAUAACCAGGAACAGUUUUACACUGAAAUCAUGUUGCCUGUCAGUACCAAAGUGAUCAAUAGUAAGUCCCAGAUCAACGUAGAGAAAGCACACACAUGCACUGAAUGUGGAAAGGCCUUUGCGAAGAUGUCUCUGCUCAUUGAUCACCACAGAGUUCACACGAGAGAGAAGCCUUAUGGGUGUAGUCUGUGUGGGAAAGCCUUUAGCAGAAAAUCCAGGCUCACUGAACAUCAGAGAAUACAUACAGGACUCAAACAAUAUGAAUGCACUGAAUGUGACAAAACCUUCCUCAAGAAAUCACAGUUCAAUAGACAUCAAAAAAUUCAUAUGGGAGAGAAAACUUAUACGUGUAAUGAGUGUGGGAAAGCAUUCAUCAAAAAGUUUUGGCUCAUGUGUCAUCAGAGAACUCAUACAGGGGAGAAACCCUAUGGGUGCAGUCUAUGUGAGAAGACCUUUUGUACAAAGUCUAAUCUAAACAAACAUCAAAAAACGCAUACAGGAGAAAAACCUUACAGAUGCAGUGAAUGUGGAAAAGCCUUUGUUGAGAGAAAUCAUCUUAUUGCCCAUCAUCGAACUCAUACAGGAGAGAAACCCCAUGAAUGCCAUCUAUGUGGGAAGACCUUCCGUAUAAAAUCUAAUCUAAAUAAACAUAAAAAAAACCAUACAGGAGAAAAACCUUAUAAAUGCAGUGUAUGUGGAAAAGGCUUUGUCGAGAAGAGACGUCUUAUUGUGCAUCAUCGAAUUCAUACUGGAGAGAAACCCCAUGGAUGCAAUCUAUGUGAGAAGACCUUCUCUACAAAGUUUAGUCUCACUGUACAUGAGAGAAUCCAUACAGGAGAGAAGCCUUAUACAUGCAGUGAAUGUGAAAAGGGCUUUGUCAAGAAGAGUCAUCUUAUUGAGCAUCACCGCACUCACACAGGAGAGAAACCUUUUACAUGCAGUGAAUGUGGGAAAGGAUUCUCAUUGAAGCAGUACCUUAUAGGACAUCAGCGAACUCAUACUGGGCAGAAGCCCUAUGUAUGCAGUGUGUGUGGUAAAGGCUUCACCAUGAAGCGCGAUCUCACUGUACAUCAGCGAAAUCAUAUUCCAGAAAAACCAUAUGUGUGCGGCGAAUGUGGAAAAGGCUUCAUUGUGAAGCGCGGUCUCAUUAUACAUCAGAGAACGCACACAGGAGAGAAACCCUACGUGUGCAGCGAAUGUGGAAAAGGCUUCUCGGUGAAAAUGCAGCUGACUGUGCAUCAGCGAACGCACACAGGAGAGAAACCCUUUUUAUGCAGUGAAUGUGGGAAAGGCUUCUCAACGAAGCACUGCCUUAUCGGACAUUUGCGAACUCAUACUGGAGAGAAGCCUUAUGUAUGUAGUGUGUGUGGAAAAUGUUUCACCAUGAAGCGUGACCUCACUAUACAUCAGCAAAGUCAUACUUCAGAAAAACCGUAUAUGUGUAGUGAAUGUGGAAAGGGCUUCAUUGUGAAGAGUCGACUGAUUGUACAUCAGCGAAUACACACAGGAGAGAAGCCCUAUGUAUGCAGUGAAUGUGGGAAAGGCUUCCCACAGAAAAGGCAGCUGCUUGUACAUCAAUGGACUCAUACAGGACAGAAACCUUAUGUAUGUAGUGAAUGUGGAAAAGAUUUCACAGCAAAACGCAAUCUCAUCAGACAUCACCUAAAACACACUGGAGACAACCCCCAGGAACAUAGUGGAAAAGGCUUCACCAUGAAAACUGAUCUUACUUUACAUUAGCAAAGUUAUACUUUAAGAGAAACUGUGUGUGUACAACAAACUGGGUAAAAGCUUUACCCUUAAAACUCAUGUCAAUGUACAUCAGUACACUCAGAUGGGAGAUAAAGUUUGUAUGUGCAAGAAAUAUGACAAAGGCUUAAUUGGGAAAAAUAUGCUCAUUACAUGUCUGUGAAUUCAUAUGGAGAGAAACUGUAUAUACGCAAUGAAUGUGGAAAGAGAAUACUGUGGGUAUUCUUCAGCAAACUCAUAAUGUAGAGAAGCCACACAAAUGUAAAAAAAAGUGGUUAAGGCUUUAGGAAGAAGACAUGUCUCAUGCAACAUCAGAGAUUUCACUCAGGAAGGACUUCCUUUGCAUGUACUGAAUGUGGAAAAUUUGCAUUCAGCAAAAAUGAUAUUAUUCAUCAGAUAAUUCACAUGGAAGAGAAACCCUAUGAAUACAUUAAAUGUGGGAAAGCCUUCACUACAAACUCAGGACUAUGUUUGUCAAAGAAAACAUACAGGAGAGAGGCCCUAAGAGUGCAUCAUUUGUGGAAAAGCUUCUGACCACUUGUCAAUUGUUAAACGUAAGAGAUUUCACAGGUAGUUGCUUUGGGGUAAGCCUGUAUGCAGUAAACAAUAACUUAAUACAACAGAGAAGAUAGGGGGGAAAUGAAUAACUUACUGCAAAGAAUCUGGUACUAUCUUUGUUGGUCAUUUACCAGAUUUUGUGUAAAAAAAUUACAAAACAACUUGGAUACAAUCAGCCUUCAGAAAAUAUUUUAGGACAUUUAUGACCAAAAAGUUUAUCCUGAUACACAUCCUAUGAAUGUGACAGAAUAUGAAAUUCUUUAGUGGGAAUCACUUAUGAUAUAUGAUAAUCAGAAAUCAUGAAUGAAUAUUUCUAAUUAUGGAAAAGCAUCUGCUCAAAAGUAAGACCUCAAUAGAUGUCAUUUUACACUAGACAAUUUUCUUUGGUAGGGAUAUGUCAUGGUUUGCAGUAACUCAUGUUGCCCUAUCAUUUGCCAGAAACUCAUGCAGAAAUAACUCAUGAACACAUUCAAUUUGGUGAACUUUAGCAAAACUUCCAAUAACUUAAUGAAGAAAAGAAUCCUUGAAUCUAAACCUCAUAACCAAUGGGGACCAGGAUACCUUCAGCUACAAUUUCUAAAAAUAUAUAUAUCAGCCAAAACCAGUUUGGCUCAGUGGAUAGAGCGUUGGUCUGCGGACUCAAGGGUACCAG